UUAACAACGUAAGUCAUUUUGGAGAAAAGUAUCAGCUAAAUUAAUAAAUGUGAUGGGCGGGUGGAUGGGGUGUACUGUAUGUGCUUCAUCGAAUCCCUCGAUACCGUCCAAGGCCUCAAAAGGAAGCUGAGUGAAUUCGCCCUUAGACACCUUCUCCUGUCUCGGGCUUGUGUGCAGGCCACGUCAGAGGAACUCAAGUCGUCGUACCGGCGCCUCUGUAUGCUCUACCACCCGGACAAGCACAGGGACCCAGAGCUGAAGCGACAAGCGGAGCAGCUGUUCAACCUGGUGCACCAGGCAUAUGAAGUUCUCAGUGAUCCGCAGUCCAGAGCCAUAUAUGACAUCUAUGGAAAGAGAGGUCUGGAGGUGGAGGGAUGGGAGGUGGUGGAGCGUAAGAGGACACCAGCAGAGAUCCGUGAAGAGUUUGUGCGUCUGCAGAGAGAGCGUGAUGAGAGGAGGCUUCAGCAGAGGACUAACCCUAAGGGGACAAUAAGUGUGGGAGUGGAUGCGACCGACCUCUUUGACCGCUAUGAAGAAGAUUUCGAAGAUGCAUCUAGCGGAGGCUUUCCACAGGUUGAGAUCAACAAGAUGCACAUAUCACAGUCCAUAGAGGCUCCACUGACCGCGAAGGACACGGCUGUGCUCUCGGGCUCCCUCUCCACACACAACGGCAGUGGGGGCGGCAGCAUUAGCCUGGUGCUGCGAAGAGUCACCUCUAUCAAGGGAUGGGGGGAGGUGGAGUUUGGCGCUGGAGACAUGCAGGGGCCCCUCUUUGGAAUGAAAGUGUUCCGCAACCUGACGCCACGCUGUUUCGCAUCAGCGCAGUGUGGUGUGCAGUUCUCAUCCCGCGGUGUGCGCCCCAGUGUCACUACCCUGUUUGCACGCCACCUGGACAACAACACUGUGGGCUAUCUGCAGUGGCGCUGGGGCACCCAGUCCUCCAUGAACACCAGCAUUGUCAGGGACACCAAGAGCAGCCACUUCACCUUCGCUCUGCAGCUGGGGGUCCUUCACUCCUUUGUCAUGAUGAGCUACCAGUACAAGUUCCAGGAUGAGGAUCAGACCAAGGUCAAGGGCACGGUGAAAUCGGGCUUCUUCGGCACAGUGGUGGAGUAUGGCGUAGAGAGGAAGAUCAGCCAGCACAGCAUCCUCGGGGCCACCGUCAGCAUAGGGGUCCCGCAGGGGGUCUCCCUCAAGCUCAAGCUGAAUCGCGCUAGCCAGACGUACUUUUUCCCCAUCCACCUGACCGACCAGCUCCUGCCCAGUGCUGUUUUCUACGCCACCGUGGGACCGCUUGUCUUCUACCUGGCUAUCCAGCGACUCAUCAUCUGGCCGUACACGCGUGCACAGAAGGAGCAAGACCUGGAGAAGCAGAGAGAGAGUGCAGCCUUGGACAUCAACAGGAAGAAGCAAGAGGCCGAGUCUGCUAUUCUGCUGAUGCAGGAGUCCGUGCGAAGGAUCAUUGAGGCCGAGGAGUCCAAGAUGGGCCUCAUUAUACUUAAUGCGUGGUACGGCAAAUUUGUGACCAAUAACAGGCGACAGGAAAGGGCGAAAGUCAUUGAUGUCACCGUACCUCUCCAGUGUCUGGUGAAAGACUCAAAACUCAUCCUCACGGAGGCCUCCAAGGUGGGCCUGCCAGGGUUUUACGACCCGUGUGUGGGUGAGGAGAAGAGCCUCAAGCUGCUCUACCAGUUCCGGGGGUUGAUGCACCAAGUCCUGUCUGGAGACAUGGAGCCUCUCCGCAUACCCAAGCAAUCACACAGGAUCAGCACAGAUGCCUAGGACCCCUUACCUAUGGACCAAUAGAGGGUCAGGACCCUAGAGGAUCCUACACUUGAAAGACCUGAAGGCUGCUCACCACCUUUUUAUUACAUUUUAUGUAUUUCAGACACUAUGUUGACUCUUGCAAGCACUUCACAAAACUUCCAGGAAAUUCUACAGGAUGUCUGCGCUUGUGUGUGUGUUUGUGUGUGUGUGUGUGUGUGUGUGUGUCAAAAUCUCCAACACUUUGGUUUCAUAGAACCAGAUAAGACUUCCGUAAAAGCAGUACAUGGUGUAAGUCCUAUGGAAGUGCCAACUGUCUCCUGCAGUCCAGUUGCAGAUAUUGGAGUGGUGCCCCCUUGAACACGCCGCCCUGAACACUGUGGAUGAGGUCCACACUGAACACUGUAUGCCUAGAUCAAGGCAGAAUAGAGAUCAGCAAUGACAAAGAUACAAAAAUUCUGAACUUGUUGGAAAAUUUUUUUAUUGUUUUAGUCUGUUGCCAACAGUUAGUUCUGUAAUGAUACUGUGUUGAAAAAAAAAAAAAAGAAAAAAAGUUUGUGUUUCAGUCCGAGUAGAUCCAAAGCAGCUGCUUGUGAUGUUAACCAAUUUUUGUUAAUUCUGGGUUCCUUACUGAAUCUUCAUACCUGCUCCAGAGAAGAUUUUCUACAACCUUCAUCAAAACCAGAAACUCCUUACAGUGCGGACUCGUAAUGCGGCAUGAAAGUUUGGACGCCGCCGUCCGUGUUAUAUCGGGUCUACAGUGUAUUUGUAUACAAACAGUACUAGUGUUAGUGUUAGUUAUAUUAAUACAGGGGUGUCCAGUGUGUGGUCCGAGGGCUGUAUGCGGCCUACUGUUUCAUGUAAUGUGGCCCAAAAAAACAUUUGCAAAGUUAAUACGUACUGUAUAUAUCUGAAUUCUGUUUAGUGCCAUGAUAAUGGUUAUCAUUAAACAUACAUUGCAUCUUAGUAAAAUACAAUAAAAUAAUUUCUCAGUUUUCAUAAAUUUAACAUUCUUGACUCUCACACCUGUGGCGUUUGGGUCAUUUCACAUUAAUGAUUGUGGCCUUUGGUCAAAAAGGUUGGACACCCUUGCAUUUGGUAUGUACAGUAUAGGUGUACAACUGUAUACUGAGCUCUUACAAUGGCCAUAAAUAAUGGAACUGCUGUGAGAUUAAGUGUGUGCAGUAUUUUAUGAAUCUACACUCCUGGAGCACAUUGUGUUGGUAUUUUGGGUGCGUUUGUCACCUUGCCUGAGAAAGGAACUGGAGGGGGCCACAAAUCUUCCACUGUCAUGGAAUAGCCAAAGGGAAGUGUGUCUUAAUGCAAGUGUUCAAAUUCCUCAGUCCACCGAUUUGUGUUUAUGUGCUGCUACAUGAUGUAGAUUUAAAUUUUCAGGUUUUCAUUGUCAGCCAUGUUCGUUACGUGUGUCAUUACGGCUUCCUAAUGACAGUUUAGGAUUAUUUAUGAUGUAUAGUCCAUUAACCUGUAAUUCCUCUUUCUUGGUGUUUGUCCCCAAGGACUUGAGGCUGUAGUGAUUUAUUUUUUCUUUAAACAAUGGUCUAAAAUUACUGUGAAUGCCUGUUUUGAACUUGGGAGAUUUAACUGAAUUAAAUGACCCAACAAACACCACUUUGUCCUCAUAGGAAGGAAUAUAUACAGUAUUAUAGCUAGACUCUGAGAUCAGUUACAGAUGUAUGUGAAGUUGUGUUAGUCUGCAUUCAUCAGACCUAAAUGUGAUGGACCAACAGGACUUUCCCAAGCUUCCUUUUUUUACUGUCUUAUUUUAAAAAGUAAGUAGACAUUCAGAGAUGUUUAAUUUUUGUGGAAC